AUGGCCGUCACAGCAGUCGCUCCAGAAUAUAUAUUGGGUGAUGCCGUAAUUGAAUUCAUUCUAGCUUCCCGAUCCGUGAAGCAGAUGCAAGAACUCGGCUUCAAGGAUUGGACGCUUGUUCAUGGAUUUUAUGGGAACAUGGGCGGAUUUGCUAUCGACAUUGCUGAAGGGGGCCGACGGGCGUUGACCAACGCAGAAUUGAAAUGGCUCGUCGAGACUGGACAUGUACAUCCUUUUACAAUCUGUCGUCAAGAAAUCGAGGAUCGGAGCAAAGCAGACCCCCUCCUGAAAUUUUUCACAUGCCUGCAAGUAAGCUGGUUCCUGCUGCAAUGCAUCGUCCGCGUUGCAAAACGUAUGGACAUCACACCGCUCGAAGUCACGACUGCCGGCUUUGUUAUGUGCUCGAUCAUUGUCUUUUUCUUCUGGAUGAACAAGCCGCUUGAUGUCAAGACCUGUCAUGUUAUCAGUGGACAGAAGAUUUCCAAAGCCGACAUAAUAAUGCUCGAAACUCAUGUCCGCCCAAUCAGAGAGACAACAGAGCACGUCGACAAUUCUUAUCUAGCGGGUCGUGAAGAUUCGGCGUUCAAUGGACUCAUGGGUUGGAGUUACGAUCUUUGGACCACUUGCAUAUUGGGGUGCGUGCUUGGUGCAAUCCACACCGCUGGUUGGAAUCUUCGGUUUACGACUACGGCUGAGCAGAUCUUGUGGCGGACCACCAGCUUGGUCACGACUGUGACUCCUGCGAUAAUGCCUUGCGUGUCCGUCGCAACCAAAACUCUCGAGCAAUUGCACUUCCGGUGGGCCAGUACAAGCACAAAAUUUGAGAAGAUCUGGACGUGGAAUUUGAUUGCGUUGUACGUUGUGGCGCGUGGAUACCUACUUAUUGCCUGUCUUGUGGCUUUAAGAUCCUCACCUGCCAGCGUCUAUGAGUGCAUUGAUUGGACCAAUGUGAUACCGCAUGUAUGA